CGCCAUGACAGUAGUCGUAUUUUCUCUAAACUGCAACAACAAUUAUUCUUCCGUAUAUUUUUGUAAAAUUAUCGAGGUUCCAGGCCCGGUUCAUACCCUGUUCGGCACUCAUACUGCCCCGGGUUUUUCCUAGUUUCAUUUGGUGAUAUUUGUCGACGCGGUAGUCGCGGUGCGUGGCCAUUAUCGAAGGAUUUGCUUGUGGGUACCUGUGGCGAGGUGAGGUGUUGGAGAGGCGUCCCCCCUCGCGUCGGGACGCACGUCCCCGGCCUCGACGACCGAGAUGCCAGCCCCGCCAACAACAGCAAACACGUCAAGGAACGAUGAGCUACAGAUGACGAUUGUCAACAAUCCUCAUUGAACGAAGAUGAACGGGGAGCAGCAUGCACUGCCAGCGACUACGCAGGGGCAGCAAGAGGAAGUAAACGUGGGUCAAAGUGGUCGCCCUUCGUAUCCGAGUGGAUUGACCACUAGCUCUGGUCUUGGGAACGUAGGAAGUAUUCCCCAUUCGUCGGCAGAUCUGCGCGUAGGUACAGCCGUAGCCUUAGCCUCUUCGGUAGCUAAAUAUUGGGUCCUGACCAAUCUCUUUCCUGGGGCACCGCUUCCUCAGGUUUCGGUAUAUCACCACGCCCACCAUAAUUCCUCGCAUCGAACUGCUGCUGGAGACACGGCAAAUAAAGAACCAGCAUCUGCGUUAUCUCAAGAAAUGGCAUUGGCUCAGAACUCUCAUCAGCAAGCAUCUACUUCGCAUCAUCAUCAGCAAACUUCGGUUAAUACCAACAAUCAACAUAACUCCUUGCACCCAAAUGCACAGAUUCCAGUAUCGCUGCCUGGUCUCAGUUUAGACGGUACCCACAUACCCCCAAGUGUCAGCCAUUUGCAUGCAGCACAUGCACAAAUGCAGCAACAAAUGCAGUCCCAACAGCAAUUGCAUCAGCAGCAGCAGCAGCAGCAGCAACAACAACAACAACAACAACAGCAGCAGCAGCAGCAACAGCAACAACAGCAGCAGCAACAGCAGCAACAACAACAACAACAACAGCAAUCACAUCAUCAAAUGCAAAAUCAUCAGACUAGUCAAAAUAGUGGGCACAGCCCGCCAAACCAGCCAAGUAAUCAGAGGGAUGAAAAUAAAGUGAAAGAUGAAGGUGGAAGUUGUACAACUGAGAGAUGCAGUGAUAAUCAAGUUCACUGUCAGGUUCAGUGCGACCUCCAGUUGCAACCGCAGGCACAGGCCGACAUGCAACAGAGUUUAAUGCAGCAACAGCAGCAGCAACAACAGCAGCAGCAGCAGCAGCAACAGCAGCAAAUUGGGGUUAAUAUAGGAGGAAAUAGUUCUACAGAUGGUGGAAAUCAGAACAAUUCUGACAGUAUGAAAACUGAGAAAGAAAAGGAGAUGCGUCAGCAUAGUAUGGCGCAAUUCCAGUUACCUGAUCUUAAACCUGGAGGACAUAUGAUGGAUGUAAGAACGGCAGAUGGUUCAGUUGUCAAAAUAAGUGCUGGUAGCGAACAGGAUCUUGCAAAGACACUGGGCGUUGAGAUGGUGCAGAACAUGUACAAGGUCAACGUCGAGGAUAUAAAUCAACUUUUGGCAUACCAUGAAGUUUUUGGUAAACUACAGAGUGAAAUAGCUGCCGGAACAACAUUGGUGGGCGGUACUGUGCCGACCCAAACAGUAACCACCAUACAAAACGGAACUCCAAUAGUGCAACAGGUUCAGUUGAAUAAAUUUGAUAUAAAAACAAGUGACGGAGAAGCAACCCCGGGACCAAGCGCAUCUCCUGUCUCCGUAGGUAGUCAUGCCUGCGAAGUAUGUGGAAAAAUAUUUCAGUUUCGUUAUCAACUUAUUGUACAUCGGAGAUAUCACACGGAGCGCAAGCCUUUUACAUGCCAGGUCUGUGGUAAAGCAUUUACCAAUGCCAAUGACCUCACACGCCAUGGUAAAUGCCAUCUUGGAGGAUCUAUGUUCACUUGCGCGGUUUGUUUUCACGUGUUUGCUAAUGCCCCAUCACUGGAACGACAUAUGAAGAGACAUGCUACUGACAAACCUUACAAUUGUACCGUUUGCGGAAAAAGUUUCGCCAGGAAGGAACACUUGGACAACCACACUCGAUGUCACACAGGCGAAACGCCUUAUAGAUGUCAGUAUUGUGCCAAGACAUUCACCAGGAAGGAGCACAUGGUUAACCACGUUCGUAAACAUACUGGUGAGACACCACAUCGAUGUGACAUAUGCAAGAAGAGUUUUACGAGAAAAGAGCAUUUUAUGAACCACGUUAUGUGGCAUACAGGGGAAACUCCUCAUCACUGCCAAGUCUGUGGAAAGAAGUAUACUCGCAAGGAACAUCUCGCCAAUCACAUGCGAUCCCACACCAACGAUACGCCCUUUCGCUGUGAAAUUUGUGGUAAGUCGUUCACACGGAAGGAGCACUUCACGAACCACAUAAUGUGGCAUACCGGCGAGACACCGCAUCGCUGUGAUUUCUGCUCAAAGACGUUCACUCGGAAGGAGCAUCUCUUGAACCACGUUCGCCAGCACACGGGUGAGUCCCCACACCGAUGCGGCUUCUGCUCCAAAUCGUUCACCAGAAAGGAACACCUUGUUAAUCACAUCCGCCAACACACAGGGGAGACGCCAUUCCGCUGCCAGUACUGCCCGAAGGCGUUCACACGUAAGGAUCACUUGGUUAAUCACGUCAGGCAGCACACGGGUGAGUCACCGCACAAGUGCCAGUAUUGCACCAAAUCGUUCACGCGGAAGGAACAUUUGACCAAUCACGUGCGUCAACACACAGGCGAAUCGCCACACCGAUGUCACUUCUGCUCCAAGUCGUUUACUCGAAAGGAGCACCUGACCAAUCACGUUCGUAUCCAUACUGGGGAAUCGCCACACAGAUGCGAGUUCUGCCAGAGGACCUUUACUAGGAAAGAACAUCUUAACAAUCAUCUUCGCCAACAUACAGGCGAAUCUUCGCAUUGCUGCAACGUAUGCUCCAAACCAUUCACCAGAAAAGAACACCUUGUGAAUCACAUGAGAUGUCAUACUGGCGAGCGUCCGUUCGUUUGCACCGAAUGCGGCAAAAGUUUCCCUCUUAAAGGAAACCUCUUGUUCCACAUGCGAUCCCACAACAAAGGUAGCAACGCGGAAAGACCGUUCAGAUGCGAUCUGUGCCCGAAAGAUUUUAUGUGCAAAGGACACUUGGUGUCCCAUAGACGCUCUCAUUCGGACGAAAGACCGCACAGCUGCCCGGAUUGUGGAAAAACUUUUGUUGAAAAAGGAAAUAUGUUGAGGCAUCUUAGAAAGCAUGCAGCUGAGGGACCGCCGACACAAGUCAGCACACCUUCGGCUAUUCCUCAGCCAGGAGUUCUCCCUAUUCCUACAGCUGCUGUUUUAGUUGGGCAUCCAUUGGCUCCACCAGCGCCACCGGUUGUGCCCCAACAUACCGUCGUUGUGCCGACACCACCUGGAGUUUUAACGUCGUAUUAAUGAAAUUGCGAACGAUUAUUAACAGUUUAUUACCGCAGUGGAUAUAUGUGACAUAAAUUAGUGUUAAUUAAUUAUAUAUACAUACAGCAUACAUACAUAUAUAUAUACAUAACACAAUAUUAUAAAUAGUCGCUUGGCGUAAAAUCUUUGACCCCCUUUUCUAGUUUUUCUUUUCUGUCAAUUCACUGGAUUUUUAUACUUCGUAUUUAUCGAACAUGUGCAUACAAAAUUUAUUUUGGCACAUUGAAUAUUACUAUAAGAAAAGAAAUGACUUUAAAGUCGUUACGAAGGCGGCUAUAGAUGGUGGACGAUUUCAUGUUCAAUGAGUUCAUAGUAUCAGUAAAUGAUUGGUACUGAAAUUUAAUACUUUUGAUCUUGAACUGAACAGCUUUUAUGAUUAAUAGAACAUCAUUCAACUGAAGUUAAGGGAAACUUUUAUGAUAUCUGAAUUAUUUGAAUUGAAUCUUCAUUUCAAAAAUGCGAGCGCUUCGUAAUUGACACGCAAAUUUUAGAACAUGUUCAAUAUCUUUGGAAUUAUGUAUAUAAAUUUAAUCUGUUUGUUGAAAGAUGUGCAACUUGACGAUUGCGAUAUUGAUAAAGUAGAAAUAUUGCAAGAUCUCUCACAUUUUAAUAUGAAUAUAAAUUCUAUAUUCCUCUGAAUUGAAUAAUUUCAUCCAAAAUACUAUAGUACGCGCUUACUACAUGUUCUGGAAAAGAAAGUCGUCAAAAAAUUACGUGACUGACUAGCCAACUAAACUGUGAUAGUUUUUUGUAUCGAAAAUUAGCAAAUUUCUCAAAACUUGUACAGUAAUUGUGUGACGAGUCGGCAAUAAUUGGUCCCCAUAUAUCUGCGAGCGCUCGCAUUUUUUUUGCUUUACUAAACACGUUCAUCGUACCGUACUACAGUAGAACAUCGAUUAUCUGAAUCAAUUGGGACCGAGACUACAUUGGAAAAUCAAAAGCAUAACCGAAAAGAAAUUUUUAUCGUAGACGAUGACAUGUAGAACACAAAUAAAUGUUCGCGCUAACAAGGAGCAAAUAAAAAUUAUUGAUAGAAGUAACGUACAAGUGGUCUAACGCUGGAAGAUGGAAAACGCACUUGAGCAUGUUCGACCACGCGUGGUUCUCGCAAAAUCGGAGCUAAUAACAAUGUAUAUUUCUUGCCAAAAUGCAUUUUUUGAGCCAGCGUUCGGGUAAUUGAGUUCUUAGAUAAGUUAAGAUGUAGUUCAGAUAACUGAGAUUUGGAUAAUCAUGGUUUUAUUGUAGUUAUACUCUGUCGAAUAGAAUUCACAACUGUUAAUUGUAUCGAAUGAAUCUAACAAAUUCAUUUCAUUCACGAUUCCUGGUUAGAAUUCGCGAUUGCCGCUACUCUCUUGGUCAGCAUAACACUAAUAAUCGCAAAGACUGCCCCACAUUAGUCCGUCAUAUUGUUGUAUUGCCUGCCUUUGAGUAGGUCGCAAUGCGACGCAUCAAUGUGUAGCAUCCUCAAUGUAUACUACAUCAACAAUUUCAAUGUAACAUGAUCAACGUAUAAUUAUUCCCAAAGAAAAUUAAAUUGCAGCUAGUGUUUUCAAGUUUAUACUAAAACAAAAAUACAAAAGACAAAAAAAAAAUUUACAGGCAAGUUAGUUUGCAAAAAAUACGAAGCGAGUGCAGGGCGGUGGAGGGCAAGUCAAGGCAGGGGGGAAAAAAUGAAAGUGAACUGAUUUUACUACUUUUGCAGAAAAAAAAAAGAAAUGAAAACAAAAUAAUGGUAUAUAUCACUGUAAAUAAUGAAAAGAGUUUAACUUUACUUUUAUUCUUUGUACUUGGUAAAUUUACGCAUUAAUUUUUCUCUUUUUCCUGAAUAUGAAGAUCUACUACCAUUUCGAUUUUAACUCGUUUGGAAUUUACGUUCUGUUUCAUAAAUAGUAGAUUUACUUUUUUUGGGGUAUGAUAUAAUUUAGACUCAGAUCUUUAACCUUUAGAUGGCUGACCUGCUUCUGUUAGGAGUUAGCAGAUAACUCGGAAACUUCACUGGACGUGUUGACUAUUUAUAUACACAAAACAUACCUCUAAAAAAAUAUCGAAUUUCAAGGAGAAAAUGCCGGCUCUCUAAAGGUUAAAAUUGAUAGAUUAUUAAGUAGUUUAUUACCAUUCUUUUAGUUUUAUUACAAAUAGGUGGUUGAAAUCUGUAAACUUCGCGAGAAACCCUUUCGACAGCACAGAGCAACUAGCUGAUCUAUUGAUUAUCCAAUUUGGUUUUUUUAUUUUCGAUUUUUGUUUCGUUAAUUGAAUUCUUUUUGUAAUAUAUCGUGUAUACACAAAUGUAUAUUCGUUGGUAGCGUUGCAGAGAUCCAGGUAACAUAUUAACACAAGAGAGAGAGAGACACACGUUAUUAAGUGUAAAUUUAAUCUGUACGGAUUUGUUGGAUAUUCUUGUGUUUCCUAUACAUAUUAUAUACAUAUAUGUAUGUACUAUCUAAUACUCGAGAUUCUCGAAUGAAAUUCAUGAUACCAUUUCAACAAGGUUACAAAAUGAAAAGAAAUUUAAAAAAUGUAUAUUAAAUAUAAUGGUAAUUAAGAACCAGCUUCUUCCCGUACAUCUCUAGUUUAAGCAAGAUAGCAGCUUUCUUGAGUGCAAUAUGCUUUUUACCCAGCGAAGUAUCUAAGCUGCUCACGCAACUAGGUAUUACGUUGGCAUUUGAUACCGUUGUCAAUAUAAAGUGUUAGAACUUCUUUGUUGAAGCAAAGAAAACAGGUUCACUUUCAUCAUUGUAUAAGUAUACAUUUGUAUAGGUACAUAUAAAUACACCUAUAUAUGUAAAUUAAUGUAUACAUAUAUGCGUUGAUAUUUAAUUACAUUGUGAGUUUUGUCGGAAAGUUAUAUACAUGAGGGAAACAGGAACAAAACUGCAUUUUUCUCGUGUGCUAAAGAAUAGAAGGGUAUGGCCAUGCAUCAAUAGAGCUCUUAUUAUACUAAUUUUAGCUAUUACCAAUUUAUUUUAGUAUUUGACAAAAUAGCAUUACUAAUAGAGACUAUAAAGUCAUGUAUUUCGUGUUUAGCGUUUAGGAUUUAAAAAGAAUGGCAGAAAACGAGAUGAAAUAUAUUUAAUGCUAUUAUGCAUAGUAAAAUGAAUUUAUAUCAACCCAAUUCGGUAUGGUGUAUCGAAAAACACGGAAGGUUUCAUUUUCUGUAAGCAUAAGGGAAAAAAAAAUUGAGGAAAAGUGUGCGGUAUGGUGAAUCAUGAUUUUUAAACACCCUUUUAGCACUCUAGAUCCACAAUAAUAAUAAUAAUAAUAAUAAUAAUGAACGCUACUAAAUUCCUUCGACUAGUUAUAUCUAUAAUGCAUUAUUAUUAUCUAAAGUAAUAAAUGUUUUGAAACAAUAUUAUGCGAAUGAGUGGAAGAAGUUAUAUUACAUAGACUAUAGACUUUCAUUAUAUUCUCAGAAUUAUAUAUAUAUAUAUAUAUAAAUAAUGAUUAUAUAUUAUAUAAAUAUGAAAAGUAACGAGGAAUAAAUAGAGAUAAUGUUUGUAUGAAUUAAUAUUAUUAUUAUUAAAUGUUGAAAGGAAAAGAAAAAAGAUUAAUUAUGAAUUGGUUUAUGCUUUUCAUGAAGAGGUUUAUGCUAAGGGCUUGUUUCUAGAAGAAAAUUCAUACGACAGGUAAAUUCGAAUUUUGAUAGACCUCAUUUUCCGUGAACCGAAACCAGUCUUCAUUGUAUGGAAAAUAAUGCACAAAAAUUAUAUACUAUACCAUUAUUUUAUUAUUAUUAUAAAAACUAUACCUAUAUUACUGUAUAGUCAGUCAACCGUUCAAGAUAGCAUAAAAGAUGAUCCGUACUUUAAUUCGUUAUUAUUCUCUUUUAUUAUAUAAAGUAAUAAAAAAUAAGUAUAAAUUUCGGUCCACGGCAAAGAACGGUGAUGGAAAGGUUUAUUAAGAAGUGGUUUAUUUUUAGAUAGAAAGAAAAUAUGUAUAGAAUUUUAUUAUGCACCAUUGUAAUAUUAUGUAUCCCAGUUGUGAAACGAAAUACACUGGUGUUAUGUUAAAUGUGA